AUUUAAUUACAGUGGGACUUUUAAUAUCGAACACACGUUUAUUAAUGACACCUGGAUGAAGACCUCGUAUAGGCAGUUUGUAAGCAAUGAGGUUAAGAUCACUUCUAUGCCUUGCCUUGAGCUACGGCUCGGCACUCAUACAGGCCUGUGGAAGCCACGGCCAAUUUAGGAAAUGGACUCAAGAAGAACUCGACGAAUUAGAACGGAAAUGGGGACAAGAGUGGGGAUUCUCGGGCAUUUCUGCUUUCGCUCACCUUGAGUAUCACAAAUGCCUAACGACUCCGAAUGAGUUAUACGAUAUCGCUAUUAUUGGAGCCCCCUUUGAUACGGCUGUGAGCUACAGGCCCGGCGCACGCUUCGGCCCCCGCGCAAUCCGCGCAGCCUCAGCGAGACAGACCUCAUUCCGGGGCUUCAACGCGCGCGCCGGAAUAAAUCCCUACGCAAGCUGGGCGCGAAUCCUAGACUGCGGGGACAUCCCCGUAGUCCCCGUCGACAACGCCAUCGCAUUAAAGCAAAUGACAGCCGCAUUCACCGAACUCGGCCAACGCCCUCCAUCCUCCACACUGCAAAAACCGCGGUUAGUUACGCUAGGCGGAGAUCACAGUCUGUCACUCCCGGCUUUGCGGGCUAUCCACGAGAUCUACGGCCCGGUGAGAGUGCUGCAUUUCGAUGCGCAUUUGGAUACUUGGCACCCCGCGAAGUACCCCAGUUAUUGGGCAUCGGAGCAGGCACGGUUUACGCAUGGUUCUAUGUUUUGGAUGGCGGGUGAGGAGGGGUUACUUGCGAAUGGAUCUUUGGGGGCGCCGAGUGUGCAUGCUGGACUACGAACGAGGCUUUCCGGACUUGAGGAUUAUGAAGAUGAUGAUGAGCAGGGGUGGGUUCGGAUUAGUGCGGAUGAGAUUGAUGAUUUGGGCACCGGGGGAGUGGUUAAGAGUAUUAUGGAUACGUUGGGAACGCAGGAUCCGGUGUAUCUUUCGGUGGAUAUAGACGUUCUGGAUCCGGCGUUUGCGCCUGGGACGGGAACGCCGGAGCCCGGUGGGUGGACUACGAGAGAGUUGAUUAGGAUAUUGAGGGGUCUUGAGGGAUUGAAUCUUGUGGGUGCGGAUGUGGUUGAGGUGGCGCCGGCGUAUCAGGGUGCUGGUGAGGAGACGGCGCUGGCGGCUGCGCAGGUUGUGUUUGAGAUUUUGAGUAGUAUGGUUAAGAGGGGGUUGGAUGAGAUGGGGAAGGUUGUGGAUGAUGUGAAGGACGAGCUGUAGGUGAGGGUACUUAUGGAUGUGAUAGGCCUAUGGGAUGUCUCACGAAGUGCUUUUAUGUGGCUGGCUGAGAGACGGGUUACGGAGUUUGGUGUGCGUGGUGAGAUAUGAGAUAUGAGACUCGAUGACUAUAUCAUGAAUCUUGACUAAAAGUGCAAAAGCGAUAUAUUUGAAAUGGCACCAUUGCCACCAUAUAUAUCCGAUUUAUAUCAAUUCUUGCUAUAUAGAGAAAAGUGUGUAUCUUAAGAGUUGUUAGGCUAUGGGUUGUAGCUUAGAGGUUGCUGUUGAGGUCAUAUUGCUUUUUUGGUAAGGCCGAUGUCGCAGGUAAUCUGUGUCACAUCAAAGUACUUAAGGACAGAAGUACCUACAACCGCUGGAAUUUAGUACUCCAACUGAUAACAAUUGCAAGCGGCAGCGUCGCAAACCCUUGAAACUGUAGCUUAUCUAACACGGAGAGUACCUGAAACUGAUACCGAUACAAA